AGUCAUACGAAGAACAACUGAUUUGUUUCACAUGAGUGGGUUUCGAGCAGCAGUAGCCGAAAUAUUGGCAAACAACACUUGAAGAAGGCUCGGAAGAUUCGUUUACUAUUAACGGACUAAAUAUCAGUAUGUAACACUCUCUUCACUGAAGCAGUAUGAGUGGAAUGUGUUUGCCGAUAGGUCUACGCCGGUGAAGAAAAGGGAAAAUAUCGGAAAAGCAUGAAAAACCGUGUACUGUGAAACCUUUUGUGUUUCGAAGCUCUGCUGAAAAUGGUAACCUUGAAACACACUAUCUCGGUUUGCUUAUACCUCCACUUACUAAUCAACAAAUUCGUCCAGAGCUCCUGCUGGUGCAUUGUUGCUAGACCAGAUACUGGCCAAUCAGUGGCAGCGUUGGCAACAGAAGGCAUACUCACUGAGCUCUUCCGUUCCCGCAACCGCUUCUCGUCCAAGAAGUUUCUCCUCAAGGCGCAACAUUUGUUGUACACGGAGAAACACCGAAGGUUUUCGUCCCUGCCAAAGUCAAAAUUUGACUGCAGGAAGGUACGCUUUGAUAGCGAUCUUUUCUCCACAACAACGCUGCCGAUGGCAGCCACGUUCACGAUGGCUUGGCCUCAGAGAUGCACAAGCCACAGCCUACAAGACGAGAAAGAGGUCCUGUUUUCUUCCUCCUUCGAGGUUCACCUCCCUAUCAUUCUCAACGAUUAUGUCCAGAAGACCACCAGUUAUACAAAAUUGCGUGAACAUCAGUGUGUUAAAGGAACUUGGCUAAGUCCGCUCGGUAUAUAUCAUAAGCACUCUCACCGCUGAGCCGUUCAGUCCCACUCGAAUAACA